AAGUAAAGGAUUCGGGAAAAGUACGCAAACGUGUGCAUAAUUGAUGAACACAUGACCUCACAAACCUGCCUGUAUUGCUUUUCAAAGCUCGACCAUCCUAUACAAAGAAAAUGGAAAAAGGAAGACAAAUCAGUUUGAAGAGCAAAGGCUCUCUUUUAUGUAGAAAUCCAAAAUGCGUCAUAGUCAAGAACAACAAAGCAUCCAAAUCAAGAGAUUCUCUUUCUGCUUUAGCAAUUGGCAUUUCUGGACUGUGCAAACUCUUGUUUAGGCAAACUCUUCCUGUAUUCUCACCUAGCAUCAGUCAUUCCAAUACUGAUUUUAUUUCUAUUACCCCUUCCUUGCUUAACACAAGAGAAUGACAGGGCCAUUGCGAUGCAAAUAUUGGGUAAGGAUUAAACCUUGAACUCAUGACUGUUUUUUUGGUUGGGUUUUUAGAAUUUUCGUAAACUUCAAUUUUUC